GCUCCAUCAGUUCACCGAGGUCAGGGAACAAUAAAUGAUAUGCCCAUUUAAAUCAUUGUUGCUGAUUUGUUCAAUCGUAAUCGUGGGCGCGCUGAGUUCGCACCGCGAGCGUUUUACGCCGAGAGGUUUUAUUUACAUAAACAAUAGUCAAAGAUUUGUACUGCAGUACCUUAAAUAAUGCUAGUUCGCGAGCACGUUCAGUGGCGUGCAUCGUGCUAUGUUGUGUUGUCAGGAGAUUUAAUCCCGUUAGCAAAUGGAACAGUGCUGGCUUUGUAGUACUGGGGCCCGGCAGCCACAAGCCGGCUCUCGUUAUGUGGUCGCGCUGAACGCUUAGUCACUGAUCACACUACGACUGUCGCGCACCGCACUCACUGUGAUAUAAAUAGUAUUAAUUCAAACGUUGUGAUAAACAUGUGAUAUUAAACUAUGGGUUUCUUAAACGUCGUUUCCUUUACUGUGUUUAAAAGGUGUCCUAAUUUCAAGUUCAAGAGGAGAACACACGCGAGAAACAGACGUGGCGGAGAAGGCGGUGGCGCCCGAGUGCUUCGCUCGACACCUGAUUGGUGCGACGGCGCUAUUAGCGGCGAACAUCUCUGGUCACCGACAUCCGUAUCAGGGGACUGCUGUUAUGUUGGAGAUGCCGAAUGUCAGAAACACGGAUCCCGUAUGAAAUGCUCGGCGUGCAAAAUCGUCGCGCAUACAGCAUGUAUCGAUAUACUAAUGGAUAGAGUGCAAUUCACUUGCAAACCCACAUUUCGUGACGUGGGCGUCAGACAGUAUCGUGAGCAAACAAUCACUCACCACCACUGGGUGCAUCGGAGGUCAGAGAAGGGCAAGUGCAAGGCUUGUGGAAAGUCGCUGCAAGCCAAACUAUCUUUCAGCUCAAAAGAAAUCGUGGCUCUCAGUUGUUCGUGGUGCAAAGAUGCUUAUCACAAUAAAGAAAGUUGCUUCAAUCUUCAGCGAAUAGGAGAAGAGUGUUCAUUAGGUUCACAAUCAAACAUCUUAGUGCCGCCCUCGUGGAUUGUAAAAUUGCCAAGAAAAGGAAGUUUCAAAUCUUCACUAAGAAAAUCGCCUAAAAAGAAAAGUGCCUCAAAAAAGAAAGGAAAAGAUUCAAAGAAUGAGCAAAAAACAUUUGUGAUAAAACCAAUACCAUCCGUGAACGUGAGACCAGUGUUAGUUUUUAUAAACCCCAAGAGUGGAGGCAACCAAGGCGCCAAACUUCUACAGAAAUUUCAGUGGCUGCUGAAUCCUCGACAGGUUUUUGACUUAACUCAAGGUGGACCAGGACCUGGGCUGGAAUUAUUUCGCAAAGUGCCUAAUCUGCGCGUGCUGGCUUGCGGCGGAGACGGCACUGUUGGCUGGGUCUUGAGCGUUCUGGAUCGCAUAGCUUCAAGACCUGCUGUUGGUGUGCUACCCUUGGGCACUGGCAACGACCUCGCCAGGGCACUCGGCUGGGGUGGGGGUUACGAAGAUGAGCCUAUAUCGAAGAUUCUAGCAAAUAUUGGUGAAAGUGACACCGUGUUACUGGAUAGAUGGCAACUUACAGUAGAACCUAAUACGGCAGCAGCAGGCGAAGAUACAAGGAAUGCUAAACCAGAACUACCGCUCAAUGUCGUCAAUAACUACUUCUCCUUUGGAGUAGAUGCUCAUAUUGCUCUUGAAUUUCAUGAAGCGAGAGAGGCGCAUCCUGAGAAAUUCAACUCACGUAUAAGAAAUAAGUUGUUCUAUGGUACGGCUGGAGGGAAGGAUCUGAUGCAGCGGAAGUGGAAAGGCCUUGCCGAGUUUGUCACCAUGGAGUGUGACGGCAAGGAUCUCACGCCUGUGCUCCGAGAGCACAAAGUUCACGCUAUUGUUUUUUUAAACAUUCCAAGCUACGGGGGUGGUACUCACCCCUGGAACAAAUCGGGAGGAUCAUUUGAACCUUCGACUGAAGAUGGUCUAAUAGAAGUAGUAGGAUUAACAACAUAUCAAUUGCCGUUGCUGCAAGCUGGCGGUCAUGGCACAUGUAUUACGCAAUGCAAGACUGCGAAGAUUGUCACCACGAAAGUGAUACCAAUGCAGGUGGACGGCGAGGCAUGCAGGCUCGCACCUUCCAUUAUUACUCUUUCCAGACUCAACCAGGCUACUAUGUUGGCUAAAAAGAAACCUGGACGAACUAUAGCACCUCAAACAACGGUGGACAAGUUGACAUUCACAGUGAAUCUCAUUACAAUGGGCGACUACGAAAGACAUCAUUACGAUAAGGAAUUACUCGCCAAAACAGCGGAGCGUGUGGGCACUCUUGAAGUAAACCCAACGGCAGAUUUGGAGCAAAUGCGCACUCUCAUACAGAACGUGAUCAAAGAAUCUCAAGUAUACUCCGGUCUCGUCGACUGGUGGUUUGUCGACUCCGUAACAGCAGAGCGCUUCUUUCGUAUCGACAAGGCUCAAGAAAAUCUCCACUACCCCACGGACAUUGGUAAUGAGAACAUAUACAUUUUGGACACGGCGCCACUGACACCGGACACUGAGUCGACGGCGCCUCCUGACACCACCGCGACGGCAUCCUUCGACCGCACCGGGCCAUCCGUCUCGUUAGACACUACAACAGGCCUGUCGGUGUCGCUUGACAUAUCUCAAAGUGUCGACACACCCAGUGCGGGAGUAUCGCUAGAUGUCCCCGAGUCGCAUGCCAGUGAAUCUGGCCUCGGCAGCCCGGCACGGACUUCAGAGGAAUUCCUAAGUCCACAAACCCCGCCGCCAGUCUCGCUCGCUACUCCCGCUCCCAAAACUCCUACUCCUGGUACUCCUAAAUCCACGUCACCACAGCCGCCGUCACCAAAAAUCAUUUCCACGUCGAUUCAAGACUCCAAUUCUCCCCCUCUCUGCACGAGUCCACCAGCCAAAGAGCAUCGGCCAACUCACGAUUCAAUAGCACGAUUUAAAACAAAUUUAUUGGAAAAAACAUCGGACUCACUUCUUAAGGCUGCUAAAGUAGGCGACCUGAAAUUGAUGAAAGAGCUACACGCAGCAGGUUACUCCCUUCUAUCCAUCGACUCUAGCGGGCAAACUGCAUUACACAUUGCCGCUCGAUACGGCAACAAAGAGAUAGUCAAAUACCUGAUAGCGUGUGCUCCGACCGCUAUUCUUAACAUGCGCGACAACGAACGAGGACAAACAGCUCUACAUAAAGCAGCAACCCAUAAGAGGCGGGCGAUAUGUUGCAUGCUGGUGGCCGGUGGAGCAUCCUUAACCAGACAAGAUCAUGCCGGUCUAACCCCGAGACAUCUGGCGUUGCGGGCUGAAGACCACGAUUUGGCUGCGUACUUAGAAAGUCAAGAGCAUUUCCAAUUAGUCUCUGAAGACUUAGAAACUGCUGUUUGAAAAAGGGAAAUCUGAUCGCAGAAGGGCAAUUUAUUACAAAAGCACCUGGAACUCUGAGAAUUACGAGUCUCAAAUAAUACAAAAUAUAAUUGAAAAUGUUUGAGAACUAUUUUUAUUAUACUCUAAUACAGAAGUGAUAUUUAGAUCUUGUGACUAUUGUAGAAGA